AUGUUUAGUGUAUAGUGAGUUUAUGUUUAGUGUAUGGUGAGUUUAUGUUAAGUGUAUAGUGAGUUUGUGUUUAGUGUAUAGUGAGUUUAUGUUAAGUGUAUGGUCAGUUUAUGUUAAGUGUAUGGUGAGUAUAUGUUUAGUGUAUGGUGAGUUCAUGUUAAGUGUACGAUGAGUUUAUGUUAAGUGUAUGGUGAGUUUAUGUUAGAUGUAUUGUGAGUUUAUCUUUAGUGUAUAAUUAAAUUAUUUUUAGUGUAAAGUGAGUUUAUGUCUAGUGUAUGGUGAGUUUAUGUUUAGUGUAUAGUGAGUUUAUGUUAAGUGAAUGGUGAGUUUAUGUUAAAUGUAUGGUGAGUUUAUGUUAAAUGUAUGGUGAGUUUAUGUUAAGUGUAUGGUGAGUUUAUGUUUAGUGUAUGAUUAAAUUAUUUUUAGUGUAUGGUGAGUUUAUGUUUAGCCUUUGACGAGUUUUAUGUUAGUGUAUGGAGAGUUUAUGUUAAGUGUAUGAUAAGUUUGUGUUAUGUUGAUAAAUGGUGAAUUUAUAUUUAGUGUAUGGUGAGUUUCUGUCAAAUUAUGUUAAACCGAUGCUGAGAGUUUGUAAAGGAAGUGGGAACUUAUCAUCAGAAGGAACUUUUGACCCUAAUGCCUUAAACCAGAACUUUGGUUCUGGAGGGUUCAGCUCCAAUGGUUUUGGUGACGGUAGCAGCAGCAGCAGUACCGGAAGUGGUUCAUUCGACCCUAACGCAAUCAACAGUAACUUCGGAGGCGACGGAAGCAGCUCCGGGUUCGGAAGCAGUACUGGUGGAUUUGGUAGUGGCAGUGGAUUCUCCAGCGGAUCCGGGGGAAGUGGCAGCAGUGGGUCGUUUGACCCUAAUCAAUUUACAUCUGGUGAAGGUACAUCCGGUUCUUUUGACCCAAAUUCUUUUACCGGAAGUUCAUCUGGCUCCUUUGAUCCCAACAGUAUAAACAACUUUGGAACUGGAAGGAGGAAAAGAACAUUUAAUCCUGACGUCAUCAAUUCUAUGCCGAACUUUGACCCUAACUCUAUGUCAGCAGGAUCAUUUGACCCUGACUCCAUGAAAGCUGGCUCAUUUGACCCCAACUCCAUGAAAGCUGGAUCAUUUGAUCCCAACUCCAUGCACUUUGGAUCAUUUGAUCCAAAUUCAAUGUCGGCAGGAAGUUUUGACCCAAAUGCUAAUCCACUUGGGAAAAAGAAAUAGAGCACAUUUGUUAUUAGAUAUUUUUGUUAUUCUUUGUGAAUGUUAAUUGUGGAGACAAUAGAUUGGAUUGUGGUUGACGAGAAUAUUUUUUGAAUGUUUCGUGUAUAUUUUAUACAGAUAUCCAUCACACGUAUUAUCUAGUUUUGUUUAUAUAACUUACAAGUAUUAACACAAUUUUAAAACUGGAGAUGUACUUCCAAAGGAUCAUAUGUUUUAUUUAAUUUUUUCUAUGAAAAGCAAACACCAAAAUGUCUUAUGAAGACAAAAAAUAUAGUUAUAUAUAUAUACAACGGUUUAAUGAUACGGACUGAUUAUGUACAGUUUCUUAAGAUAUCAGACCAGAGAUAGAGAUUUAAGUUCCUAACAAGAUUUUGACCCUAGUAUCCAAUAUUUUCCUUAAACAUUUCAUGACAUCACCGAGGAGUCAAUAUAGUUUUUGUUUUUAACAUUAAUAUAAAUCAUAUAACAAUGUAAAUGAAGACUUUGGUUGAGGGGAUUCAGUGGUUUUACGGAUCUGCCCUGAACUAUAUCCCCCUCGACCUUCGGCCUCGGGGAAUAUUGUCCAGGUCAGCUCCAAAACCAUGGAUUGCCCUCAACCAAAAUCUGCAUUUGCAUAAUAUUCAUUAAAUAAUUGCAAGUCAUCUUCAUUUGAUCGUUGAAAUGCUACAGGCCUUUGUAUAAAAUUAUAAUAUGAA